UCCCAGUUUUGCCAAAGAGAAGUAUGGAAAAUUGGUAUUCACAUGCCGCCAGGAAUAUUCAGAUGCUGGGGGCAGCUGGACAAGUUGGCCCUUUUGUCUUCCCAGUCCAUUGUACCCUGUGACAGUUUAGGACUGAUGUGGCUCACCAUUAUGGAUACCCUCUUGGAAGCAAAUGGCACCUUUGCCUUAAACCUUUUGAAAAAGCUGGGUGAAGGCAACUCGAAGAAUGUGUUUCUGUCACCCGUGAGCGUCUCUUCUGCCUUAGCCAUGGUCUUCAUGGGGGCAAGGGGAAACACCGCAGCCCAGAUGGCCCAGGUACUUUCUUUAAGUGGAAGUGGUGACGGAGGUGACGAUGUCCACCAGGGUUUCCGGUCACUUCUCGUGGAGCUCAACAGGCCCGGCACGCAGUACUUGCUGAGGACUGCCAACAGGCUCUUUGGAGAGAAGACUUACGAAUUCCUCUCAUCUUUCAAAGAUUCCUGCCACAAAUUGUACCAAGCAGAGAUGGAAGAGCUCGACUUUCUAAACGCUGUAGAGGAGUCGAGAACACACAUAAACACCUGGGUAGCCAAAAAGACGGAAGGUAAAAUUACAGAGUUGCUGUCUCCAAAUUUAGUUUGUCCAGGGACUAAGCUGGUUCUUGUGAAUGCCAUCUACUUCAAAGGAAUGUGGGAUGAUAAGUUUAAUAAACAGAUGACCCAGGAAGCACCGUUUAAAGUCAGCAAGAAUGAGGAGAAGCCUGUGCAAAUGAUGUUUAAGAAGUCUACCUUUAAAAUGACCUACAUAGGAGAAAUAUUCACCAAAAUUCUGGUGCUUCCUUAUGCUGGUGGAGAGCUGAGUAUGAUCAUCAUGCUUCCAGAUGAACACAUCGAUCUGAAAAUGGUGGAAAAAGAACUUACUUAUGAGAAAUUCGUAGAAUGGACAAGGCCAGACAUGAUGGAUGAAACUGAGGUGGAUGUGUACCUACCCAGGUUUAGAUUGGAGGAGAAUUAUGACAUGAAGAAUGUCCUUCGCUCUCUGGGCAUGACUGAUGCCUUUGAGACCACGGCAGACUUUUCUGGAAUGUCAUCCAGUAGAGACCUGUAUCUGUCCACGGUCGUGCACAAGUCCUUUGUGGAGGUCAAUGAGGAAGGCACAGAGGCCGCAGUUGCUACUGCUGGCAUCAUGCUCAUGCGAUGUACACGAUUCACCCCCAAGUUCUGUGCGAACCGCCCCUUCCUUUUCUUUAUCCAGCACAGCAAAACCAGCAGUGUUCUGUUCUGUGGCCGAUUCUCCUCCCCAUAAGGAAAUGGUCAGCACUGGGUAUAGCACCUCAUGUCUCCUACUGACCCACUUUUCCUCUGACACCUCACAGUGUGCCUGCAAUCCAAAGUGACCUUUGGUGACUAUCCAAAAAUAAAAGGCCCGAUUUUGAAAACCUG